GCUCCCUCGGCAGUGUUUAAAGUCCAGGGGAGAGGGGUUCUCACCUGCCUCCUACACACAACAGCUCCGUCCCACUCCUGCACAUCUGCCUGGAUAAGGGCUCUGGUGCCUGGAUCUGGACCACAGCAUGUGGUUGCUUUUCGGGACAGCGGUUCUGUGCCUGACCCUGCGCUUAGGGCAAUGCACCGAGGAAACAAAGGAGAACACCAUCCACCAAGCCCCCCAGGCAGAGGCAUCCUACUCAGACUGGGGCAUCGGGGCCAUCCGGGACAGCUUUGAAACUGUUAACAGCUACUUUGACUCCGUCUUGGAACUGUUUGGGGGAAAAAAUGGCGUUUGUCAGUACAGGUGUCGCUAUGGGAAGGCUCCAAUGCCGCGACCUCACUACAAACCCCAAGAACCCAAUGGCUGUAGCUCCUAUUUUCUGGGGCUCAAGGUACCCGAAAGUCUAGAUUUGGGCAUCCCUGCCAUGACCAAGUGCUGUAACCAGCUGGACAUCUGCUAUGACACCUGUGGGGCCAACAAAUAUCGCUGUGACGCCAAAUUCCGAUGGUGCCUCCACUCCAUCUGCUCCGACCUCAAGCGCAGCCUUGGGUUCGUCUCCAAGGUGGAAGCUUGUGAAUCCCUGGCAGACACAGUGUUCAAUGCUGUCUGGACCCUGGGCUGCCGACCCUUCAUGAACAGCCAAAGAAGUGCCUGCAUUUGCAGUGAAGAAGAACGAGAUGAACUAUGAGGAAGAGCAGCUGCCUGGCCUCCAGGAGCCUGCUGCCAAGUGUGCCCUCUCAGCCACAGCACUUCAGCACAGGGAUUUCCAUCAGCCCUCUGGCAGAACAAGGGAUGGGGGCAUACGGUCCAAGCAAUACACAUCAACUACAGCUUUUGGGCAGAGGGCUGGUGAAGGGGAGACAGCCUGUGACUACAGGGCAGUGGUGCCUGCUGUCCACCACAGAUGCGGUUCAACAGCUCGACAGCCCCUUUUCACAUCCUGAAUGAUCCGAUGCCAAUUUUCUCUACAGACUGACCAGGCAAGGCAAGCAGGAUGCAGCACUUCUUAUAAACAAGGGGCUUCACUUGUUUUUUUGCCCCAGACACAUGUUUAUCAGUUCCCUGUGCCUGUUACCUCUCCAAUUUGCAGUGCAAGGCAGUAGGUUUCUGCAGCCCCUGAAAAUCCAGUCCAUGGACACUAUUGACAUUUUUCCAACACCAGUGACAGGCAGAAAAAGAGGAGUAAUUUGCUUUUGGUAUGUUGCUCAUACCCAUCCCUGACAUUUUCCAUCCUAUCAUUGCACACUGAGAACACUGCUUAUUUAAACACUUGGGGAGGGGCCUGAAACAAUUUGAGAUUUGGUGAGCAUGAGAGGGAUUUUAAGUGUUUGUGAUACAGGCACAGUUUGUAUCUGGGCAGGAGGUGACCAAAGCCCAUGGUGCCCGAGAUGGGAAAUGCAAUAACCCACAGCACUCUCCCAUGGUCUCAGGAGAAGCAGCUGAUUUCUUUCUGCUGUGUCAUCCAGACUGCAUCUAUUUAAUUAUCUCCCUCCUAUGUCAUUCAACAAAGUUGUUCCCUCAAGAUCCCUUUUUACAUAAAAUGGCUGGGUAUCAAUCUCCAUCUUUUGCUUGAGGGAAACAGGAGGCUCACGGUUGCCUUGGAUGGGAUAUUCAAGAUCCUGGAGGCUGAUCUGUCAGGUGGCAGGGCUUAUGUGCCACCUCUGUGGGGCACACUGCCAGCUGCAGCAUUCCUUCUAAAAUGUGGUUAAUGCUUCCAUCUGCUAUCGGGAGCUUUCAUUGCAUGCAAAAUUGAAAUUUAAAGUGGUAUACAGAAUUUCAUCCACAUAUAACAUUUGCAGACAGCUUUUAUCCAUGUUUCUUAUUGAAAGGGAGUUGCUACUGGGUGUGUGUGCCAUGCCAUGUAAAUACUUCAGCGUCUUCUGCAAACAUAUUUAUGGUUAUAUUCUUCCAUCUGCCACAGAAAAGUUAAGGCUACACAAGGUUGACUUAACAAGAAUGCAGAGUCUGUCUUAGCUAUUUUUUCUAGUUUGUGUUUAAAUGCAUGUGUGGAGCUAUAAAUUAUUUAAGCCCUGUUCUUGCCAGUCAUCUUCGCUUCGCAGUGAACAGCAGUGUGGCAUUCAUCAGGCCCAAGACAGGGUGGAACAACUGCUAUUAAGACCAGGAAAAUGGAAAUGACCACAUGAGGUGUGUACUGGGAUGUUUUCCAUUAAGGAGGACCUUGCCUUACACUGAUCAGGUGCAAUGACAUCUUUUCCUCACUCUGCUAAUGCCACUGGUGAGUGAACACUGCACUGGCAAGGUUCCCCACAGUGUGGGUCUAUCAGAGCAUGAGGCUGGACAGACAACCUCAUUAUCCAUGCAAGAAACACUUUUUGCUAGGAAUGGGAAGGAAAAUUCCCUCCUUCCAGACACCUGCAAACUUUGUAUUUCAUUGGUGAAUUGGUGCCUGUUGCCAGUUUGAAAAGUGAGCAUACUAUUAUGAUUAAAUGACACAAUUUAAAAGUACCCAUCUUUUCUACACUUAAUAUCCAGCUGGCUGGCAAAUGUCUUAAAGUGUUUUGCAGUUCAGGUGAUAUCAGAUUAAAGCCAGGCCAAGCAACUGGUGACAGAUUUAUGAUAAUAUACCAGAAAAAGAGGAGGGUUCUGAACAAAAUCUAUCCACACAACUGAUGCUUUGGAGAUACCACAAUUAUAAACCCUAAUUUCUUCAUCCUUUCAGACUACCACUCAUCCCUAAACACUACAGACCACUGCACGAAGGGCAGCUACUGAGUAAGUGCAUUUUUCACUACAAAGUUAAGAUGUGGUAAUCUGAAAAACCCCAUGAGUGGCUCUACAGGGGAAUUUUAGAUCUUUCAAGUGGUGCCAGUGACUCAAGAAACCCAAGAGCUAAUCCUGCAUACAAGAAAACCAGGGUGUGAAGUACAGUUAAGCUUCUGCAUCCAAACUAAAAAAUGUUCCAAGUCCCUCUUGCUACACAGUGGUGCACAGCCACAGGAGCAGCUGAUCACAGAGCUCUCCACAUCAAUGCACAAACAUUGGGUCACCUUCAUCUCCACCCUGCUCUGAGCAGGCAGAAGUCACUGUACUCACCCAAAAGUUUCCCAUUUGUGUACUGGCAGGAUUAUUUGCAAUUCUUGCUCAUGUCCAACCCAUUUGGCCAGCGUGUCCUCUUCUAGUAAUGGUUCCUCAAGCAGCAAUCUCCAUUUCCACCAAGGACAUAAAAGUAGGGUCUUGAGGACCAGAUAAUAGGUGUUUACUCCUGGGCAUCGAAUGUUCAGGGGUUUAUUUACAUCCUAAGGGAAAAACAAGGUGGCACCAGCCAGAACAGAGCCUCAGUAUGGAAUUUGAGCUGUGCUUAGGAGUGCUGGUGGGACCCUCAGGAGCAGUGGUGGGUCAUGGGGCCUCGAUUGUGCAGCGUGUUUUGCUUCCAACUCUGUGGCAUGGCAGAUUAAAUUACACAGACAAACAAACCCCUUAGCUCUCAGAGUAGUCUGGUCUUUGAUUUCAUGUCCAGGCUGUAAUGCUGACAAAGAAGACAGAUGGAAGUAAGAGAGAACUGGGGAGAGCUAAAAGACUUCGAAAAAUGUUGGAUUUUUUUUAUGCCCAAGAGGCAGCCCCUCCCCUUGAGAGGAGGAAUGGCCACAGGGCAUGGCAGGCAGUAGUCCUGCAGGCAGGGUAAACUGAACACCUUCCCAGACUGUUCCAUUCACAUGGCCACACCAAGUAUCUCCUACUCAUUACUGUUACAGAUUAAUUAACUGAAAAGGUGUAGAGCAGAUAGGCUGCUUCAUAGGAAUUUGUCAGGAAGAACCAAAUAAUAACUGACACAAGCCAGGAAAUGAACCUUACCCUCCACCACUCCCCCACAUCCUUCACACUAACAAAAAACACCAGGUGGCUCUCCAGAAGGCACCAGCUAAUUAAUUUCACUUCCCAGC